UUCACUCAACCCACCGUGCUUUACUGAGGAGGACCGAUUCAGCCUAGAAGCUCUCCGCAUGAUCCAUAAGCAAAUGGAUGAUGACAAAGAUGGUGGUAUUGAAGUAGAUGAAAGUGAUGAGUUUCUAAGGGAAGAUAUGCAAUACAAGGAUGCCUCUAAUAAACAUAGUCACCUGCACAGAGAAGACAAACAUAUCACCAUUGAGGAUCUGUGGAAACGCUGGAAAACAUCUGAAGUUCAUAACUGGACUCAAGAGGACACUCUUCAGUGGCUGUCAGAAUUUGUUGAACUGCCCCAGUAUGAAAAGAAUUUUAGAGACAGCAAUGUCAAUGGAACAACACUUCCCAGGAUAGCAGUAAAUGAACAUGCUUUCAUGAUCUCUCACUUGAAAAUAAUUGACCGGAGCCAUAGACAGAAGCUUCAGCUUAAAGCCUUGGAUGUUGUUUUAUUUGGACCUCUCACACGUCCCCCUCACAACUGGAUGAAGGAUUUUGUAUUAACAGUUUCUAUAGUUAUUGGUUUUGGAGGCUGCUGGUUUGCAUAUACACAGAACCGAACCUCAAGAGAACAUAUCACAAAAAUGAUGAAGGACCUAGAAAGUCUCCAAACAGCAGAGCAAAGUCUUCUUGACUUGCAGGAAAGGCUUGAGAAAGCACAAGAAGAGAAUAGAAAUGUUGCUGUGGAAAAGCAAAAUCUGGAGCGCAAAAUGAUGGAUGAGAUCAAUGAUGCAAAGCGGGAAGCUCAUCGCCUAAGGGAGUUGAGGGAGGGAGCUGAAUGUGAGCUCAGCAGGCUCAAAUAUGCAGAGGAAGAGCUAGUACAGGUUCGCAUGGCUUUAAAAAAGGCUGAGAAAGAGUUUGAGCUGAGAAGUAAUUGGUCUGUUCCUGAAGCUUUGCAGAAGUGGCUUCAGUUAACACAUGAAGUUGAAGUACAGUAUUACAAUAUCAAAAGACAGCAUGCAGAAAUGCAAUUAGCAAUCGCCAAAGAUGAGGCAGAAAAGAUAAAAAAGAAGAGAAGCACUGUAUUUGGAACAUUACAUGUUGCACACAGCUCCUCCUUGGAUGAAGUGGACCAUAAAAUCCUCGAAGCGAAGAAAGCACUCUCUGAGUUGACGACGUGUUUGCGAGAGCGUCUUUAUCGAUGGCAACAGAUUGAGAAGAUUUGUGGUUUUCAAAUAGCACACAAUUCUGGGCUACCAAGCUUGACCUCCUCUCUCUACUCUGAUCACAGCUGGGUAGUUAUGCCUCGAGUUUCCAUUCCUCCUUACCCAAUUGCAGGGGGAGUUGAUGACUUAGAUGAAGAUACUCCUCCAAUAGUUUCACAGUUUCAUGGGUCCAUUGUAAAACCUCCCAGCACACUGGCAAGAAGCAGUAGCUUGUGUCGUUCAAGACGCAAUGUUGUGCCAUCAUCUCCACAGUCUCAGCAUGCUUUGCACUCCCCUGACCCUGACAUCCUUUCUGUGUCGAGCUGCCCAGCUCUUUAUCGAACUGAAGAGGAGGAGGAAGCCAUUUACUUCUCUGCUGAUAAACAAUGGAUCAAAAGCAAUGUCAGCUACUGGGCGAAGAGAAGAUGGAUGGUAACACAAUUCUUACAGCAUGUUGAGCGUGUACCUACUCUUGUUACAUGGCCUCAUAGGAAAAGGUUAAAUUCCUUUUGGAAGGAGCAAAUGAGCUUGUUGAAAGGGAAGUACAGGAAACAGGUUCGGAAUGUGACUCCUUAAAUUCAUCCACUGGAAGGAAGCAGUCUCCUCCAGCAAGUCUUGAGAUGUACCAGACACUUUCU